UUAAUAAAAAGAUUAUUAACCAGUUUGAGUCUUGACUUUUGUGUAAAAAAAUUGGGCAAUUUGGUUCAGCUGAAAAUUGAAGCAGAGGGGGUUAAUCUAAACCCUAAUUCACACACAAAAGCUCCGGCGGGUCUUUCUUCAGUCUCGCCUGCAGCAACAAAUUUAUACAUACAACAAGCUAUACACACACAAGUGCAUCUGUUGAAUAAAUUCCCUGCUAGUGAUAUGGGAUACGAACCUGCUCCCGACUUUCAGCAAAGUGCUAAGGAUCCACUUGUUGAUCUUAAUCUUACAGACUCUUCUGAACUCUGGCUCAUUCAGUGGCCACUUAAUCAGGCUCCUGAUUUUGAUGGGAAAGAAGUGACACUGAAACUUCAUCACGAUGGACAUUUGGGAAGCUUUGAGGGUUCUUCUGGAAAAGCAUAUGAUGUUGUGAGUUUUGCAUCCCAGAAUUCAGAGGCAACAGUCUUUUCCUCUUCCGCGUCAAAAACAAAAAUAGUUGGUAAGAUUGCAAGGCGUGUUUCCUUCGUCCAUUAUCCGGAACCUGAAGAGCUAGAGGAACAAAAUCCAAAAGAUCUGAAACAGAUGUACGAGAAGUCUUCAAGUUUGACAAAGUCAUCCGUUCGUUUUGCAACCCCUUCACAAAGUAGUAGAUCCAAACAUUUGCAAUCAGGAAGUAGUGGUUUAGCAAGCAGCCAUAGUAGUGGGCGUAGGAGUCAUUUAUCUGCUUCAGGGGGGUCUUCAAAAGCUUCGAAGAGGAAAACUGUUGAUGAACCAUCUAAAUCAGAACAACACUCGGAAGAAAGAAAAUCAAAGAAGAAAAAAUGAAGAGAGGAAUCAAAUUUUAUUGUUGAUGGUCAAUACGAGUCUCUGAUUAAUAUAUUGCUCAUAUUUAUGCUAAAGAAAGGUCAGCAUCCAUGUGCUAGCUGCCAGCAAACUGAAAUUAACUUAGCUCUGAGUGCUAAGUAAUAUUAUCAGACAACUUUUAAGUUCUGUUGAUCUUAUGAAUAAUUUUUUAUAAUUUUAGCAACUUCUUUUACAGAGUGCUAAA